AUGGCUGCUGUCAAUCGAGCUCUCUGGCAGGAUGAAGCUGGCAUUGCAGGUGUUAUCCGGGAAAAUGCGGUCCCUACGACUGUUGCCGACAACGAAAUCCUGGUCAAGGUGAACGCAUGGGCAAUGAACCCGGCGGAUGCUAUACUUCAGGACGCGGCUCUUCCCGCCGUUAAGUAUCCACUCAUCCUGGGGGAAGACGUUGCUGGCACUGUUGAGAAAGUUGGCUCCGAAGCCACGGGCAAGCUCAAAGUUGGCGAUCGCGUCUUAGGCCUUGCCCUUGGAGCUGCUGUGUUCAAGACCGAGCAAGGCGCCUUCCAGGAGUACGUGAUUCUGGACUAUACCCUGGCAUGCAAAAUCCCAGACUCCCUCUCUUUCGCCGAGGCGUCUGUUUUCCCCCUAUGCAUCGCCACUGCCGCAUACGGCCUAUUCUCGAAGGAUUAUCUUGGCCUGCCGUUGCCUAAGAUCAACCCCACCAGUACUGGAAAGUCCAUUCUUAUCUGGGGAGGAAGCUCUGGAGUCGGUAGCAAUGCGAUUCAGCUGAGCAAGGCGGCCGGUUUCGAGGUGAUCACCACAUGCUCUGCACAUAACUUCGAUUAUGUGAAGCGUCUCGGCGCGGACAAGGUCUUCGAUUAUAAAGACCCGUUCGUGAUUGACAAGAUCGUUGCGGAACUUGACAAUGGGGAAUGCAUAGGCGUUUUACAAGCUGCCGGUGAUACGACCCCUUCCUGUGAGGUAGCGACGAAGUCAAAGCACAAGCUGCGUCUCGCUGCGUCAAACCCUGUCCCAGAGGGCAUGGCCCCGGCAGAUAUUGAGGUAAAGAUGAUCUUCGCGGGUGGGACGGCCAUUUACUACGAAACGAGCUCAGCUACUUUUGCUGGGUAUUUGCCAGAAGCACUGGCGAAGGGUCUCUACCAGGUGGCACCAACCCCACAGAUCGUGCCCACCAAAGGGUUGGAGGGGAUCCAAGAGGCCUUGAAUAUCCUUAAAAAAGGAAUCUCGGCCAAGAAGCUGGUCACUUUGGCUAACUAA